UUAUGCGCGGAGAGCACGUGCCACGCUCUAACUUUACUCUCCAGAUCGUCAGAAAAUUUGGUGCUCGUAAAAAUCUUAUAUCAAAAUGUUCCUUGGACAUCAUAAUGUCGAGAUGAAACAAUUUCAGGAUUUAGUGCUAUCUGCAAACUGUUAUAGUGCAGUGGUGAAACAGUGUUACAUAUAUGUGUUUGUGUAUGAUUCUGACCUUAUUAUGUGUUAUAAGAAUAUGUGCUAGAACGAAAUUGUGCUCGUAUAUUUCUGUGUGAUGUGUUACAUAAAUGCCCAAUAUUUCUGUGUUUGUCAUCGAUCUAUUUCCUCGCAUGGUACAAACGGUUUUUGGGCCAUUUUACAUCUGGCCAAUUAUCUUGUCAUUUUUCUUUACGCCACGGCGUUGCACUUUUUUAAUCUUUUAUCAACCUUUCUAUUCUUAACAAUAAAAGUAAGUAAAUGGGCUUUUAACGAACAGUUUGAAGAUAUAGAAAUCAAUACAUAUUUAUUUCGAAAGGGAAAGUAUACAUGAAUAUUCACUUUAUAUUCUUCUAAACUGUCAGAUCCAAUAUUUGUGAAAUUAUGAAAUCUAUCAUCAGUGUACUUAUUAAAAUACCAGUAAUAAAAUCAAUAAAUUGUUAGUUAAAGAUAUUAAUGCGUUUAGUAUUUUUGGAGCGGCAUUUUGGUGUUAAAUAAAAUGUAAACACACAAAAUGUUAAACACAUUAAUACUGUUAACUAAUAAUUUAUUGUUAACUAAUACUUUACUAGUAUUUUCAUAAGUUUACUGAUCAUGGAUUUUAUAAAUUUAUAUAAAUUAAAUCUGGUUGUUAUUUAUGUAUCUUUUCUUUUCCGAAGUAAACAUGUAUUGAUUUCUGUACUGUUUAAUCUGUUCGUUAAAGUCACUUUUACUUACCUUUAUUGUUAUUUGUUUACACAAACUUGAGAUUGGUACAUUGUUUCGUAUAUACUCCCUCUAUUUUUCUUUCGCUUUCCUUGAGAAAUUCGAAUUUCGACCUUUAGUUUGUCAGUCAUUUCGCGACCGUAGUGGAGACAAGAUCAGCGAAGACAAAAGCAUAAGUAAGUUCGACAUUAAUGAUUUUCAAUAAUUUUUCAUUAUGCGUACAUCGUACAGCGUACAUCGUUUUAUUGUGAACAUUUUAUAAUUCUAGAAAAAAUCGAAGAUAGAAAGCCGUAUAAUGGAGCAGUCUAAUUUAACUGGAAAUGGAAUGCAAGAAUUUCGAUCAAAACGACGCCCCGGAAGAGCUGCGUUACAGCGCUCUCGAACAAAAUGUAAAGAAAGACGCCAAUUAAAACAUCUUACAGAUAUGAAACAGCCACUACAGCGGCAAUUAGAACAGUUGCAACUGGAGCAGCAACAGCGACAGCAACCGCAACAGCAGCAGCAAACCCUGCAGCAGCCUCAGCCGCAACAGCGGCAUCAACUGCAACAGCAGCCGCAGCAGCAACCGCAUCAGCAGCCCCAGUUGCAACAGCAGCAGCAACUGCAACAACAGCAGCAGCAGCUGCCGCAUCAGCAGCAGCCGCGUUAGCAGCAGCAACUGCAACAACAGCAGCAACCGCAACAACAGCCUCAGCUGCAACAGCAGCAGCAGCUACAACUGGCCGAACAAUAUCGAUAUCGUGGACGAGGUGUCCAUCGUGGACGUGGUCGUGGUCGUGGCCGUGGCCGUGGCCGUGGCCGUGGUCGCGGUCGUGGCCAAAAUGUAAUUAUUUACCAAAAAUAUACGACUUUUCAUUUUUAUUAAUUUUAUUUUUAUUAUAUUUCUUUGCUUUUUAUUCCACGUUUUAUUUUAAUAAAUUUUGUAGUUUUCAUUUUUAUUUUGUA